AUGGCAGAUACAGAUAGUCAGCAUGAAGUGGAGGUCGUGCAACCUGAGAGUAAGGCUGCGAAGGUGUCUUCGAAGGGGAAAGAUCCGAAGCACCGCGAUUGGCUCCAAGACCAUGAAAAUCGACUCGAGGACUUGGAACAGUCCGACCUCGAGGAGCGCAUGACGGCAGAGUGGUCGAAGCUGGCGGAACAGAUAGAGUCUUUGAGGGAAGAGAUCCGCUUCCUCAAAGAGGGGCAACAGAUCUUCCAUUCGUUGUUGCAGGGAGGAACGCAUGGUUCUAAGGCAACUCGAGUUGGAACUUAUGACGGUGAGCGCGAUGACAAGGCACUUGAUAAUUUCUUCUGGGAUGUUGAGGAGUACCUGUCGUGUGCACCGAAGACGUCUGAUGAGGCACAGGUCAAGGAUAUUGCAACAUACCUUACCGGCAGUGCGAAGCUGUGGUGGCGAACGCAUCAGGCAGAUGAACGCGCUGGGAAGACGGUGAAACCGAUCAAGUCCUGGGCUGACUUGAAGGCAGCGCUUCAUGAUCAAUUCCGACCUGGGAAUUCGGAUUGGAUCAUCCGAUCCAGGUUCGAUGAACUCAAGCAUACUGGCACUAUUCGAGAGUAUGUCAAGGCAUUUCAGGUGUUGGAUUUGGAAUGCACCAAGUUGAGCGACUUCGAGAAGUUAUUCCUCUUCACUAAGGGUCUGCAACCCUGGGCGAAGGAUGAGCUGAGGAGACAGAAAGUUCAGACUUUGGCCGAGGCGAUCACAGUUGCGGAUGGGCUGCUCGAUUAUAAGGGCGAUGCAGCUAGGGGCUUUGGUGGAGCUCGAACAGACUACAAGAAGAACUUCCGCCGGAAAGAGAAGAAGGGAGGCGGACCUCCUUCUGAUCCUAACGGCGAGCCCAGGAAGAAGAAACCGAAGAAGUCGAAUGGAGGAGGUAACCCGAAGAAGAAAGAUCACACACAGACUGAGAAGAAGAAGGAUCGUGAUCCAGGGUGUUUCAUCUGUGGCAAAGAUGAUCACUGGGCACGGAGCUGUCCAGAUCGGAGUAGGAUCAACGCGCUGUUGUUCGAGGAGAAGAAGUUGCCCGCAAUGAGCACCUUGCAACUCCUGAAUGCAGUGCAACAUUCUACCGAAGUGGCCGAUAAGCACGAGUUGUGUUUUGUGGAGACUUUCUUUGGCAACAAGAAGGUGCUAGCUAUGGUGGAUUCAGGUGCCACCCACAACUACAUCUCCGCAUGCCGAGCGAAGAAGCUUGGACUCAAGAUCGAGCCCACUACAAAUCAGUUCAAGGCGGUGACCGCACCCGCGCAGCAGGUGAGCGGUGAGAUCCAUAAGGAAGUCAUCCGAGUUGGGUCGUGGCAGGGUGUGCUUGAUUUGAUCGCCAUUGGAAUGAAUGAGUUCGAUCUCAUACUCGGGCAGGAGUUCUUGAGGUCGGCAUCAGCAGCUGUGGUGCCACACUUGAGCUGUUUGCUGAUAUUGGAUCCGAGCAGACCAAGUAUGGUUCCGAUGAUGAAGAGCGUGGAACAGGAUCUCCUGUUGAAUGCGCUCAGUGCUAAGCAGGUUGGCAAGGGAAGGCGAGAGGAGUUGUUUUUGGCCGCACUGAUUGGAGAUUGGGAUGAAGGAGAGUCGUCAGGACCCUCUAACACCUCGGCGAUCCAGGAUGUGUUGUCCGAGUUUGCGGAUGUUAUGCCAGACCAGCUCCCAGCUGUGUUACCACCGAGGAGGCACGUUGAUCACAGGAUCGAACUGGAGUCAGGGGCAAGACCACCAGCGAAGGCUCCUUAUCGACUCUCCGCACCAGAGAUGGAAGAGUUGAGGAAGCAGUUGGCAGAGCUCGCUGAGGCAGGAUACUUGCGUCCCUCCAGAUCACCUUAUGCUGCUCCAGUAUUGUUCCAGCGCAAGAAGGAUGGAAGCCUUCGGAUGUGUGUGGACUAUCGAGCUUUGAACAAGCUCACCAUCAAGAACAAGUAUCCGUUACCUCUCAUAGCGGAUAGCUUUGAUCGACUGGUCGAUGCAAGAGUGUUCACCAAGUUGGACCUGAGGCAGGGUUACUAUCAGAUCAGGAUCGCGCCAGGUGAUGAGGAGAAGACCGCGAUCACGACGAGGUAUGGUAGCUAUGAAUUCUUGGUUAUGCCUUUUGGUCUCACUAACGCUCCUGCAACCUUCAGCACCUUGAUGAACGAUGUGUUUCGCUCAUUAUUGGACAAGUGCGUUGUUGUGUAUCUGGAUGACAUUUUGGUAUACAGUCGAGACAUGGAGGAACACAAGCGGCACCUUCAGGAGGUGUUUGCUUUGUUGAGAGAACAUCAGCUGUUCGCAAAGAAGGAAAAGUGUGCUUUUGCGCAGGAGGAAGUGCCGUUUCUGGGCCAUAUUCUUGGUCAUGGCCAGAUCCGACCAGACCCGGAGAAGCUUCAGGCAAUCCGAGACUGGGAGCCGCUUCGCAAUGUGCAUGAGGUGAGACAGUUCCUUGGUUUAGCUAACUACUAUCGCAAGUUUGUAGCAGGCUAUUCCCGGAUUGCGAGCCCCUUGACGGAUCUGUUGAAGAAGGACCGCGGAUGGAAAUGGGGCGAUAAGCAGCAGACAGCAUUUGAGUUGCUAAAAGACAAGUUGACUGAGGAGCCAGUCCUUGCUUUGCCGAAAUAUGGCCAACCUUUUGAGGUCCAAACCGAUGCGUCCGACUAUGCCAUGGGUGGAGUUUUGAUGCAGGAUGGGCAUCCUGUGGCAUAUGAAUCUCGGAAGUUGAAUGACAGAGAGAGGAACUACUCGGCGCAUGAGAAAGAGAUGACUGCGAUAGUGCACUGUUUGAGAACUUGGAGGCAUUACUUGCUGGGGGUGCCGUUCAUAGUGAAGACAGACAAUGUCAGCUCCACUUACUUCAAGACUCAGUCUAAGCUCACCCCGAAGCAGGCGAGGUGGCAAGAAUUCCUGGCAGAAUUCGACUUUGAGCUGAUAUACAAUCCGGGGCGACAUAAUGUGGUAGCCGAUGCACUUAGCAGGAAGGCACAGCUUGGUGCUUUGAAGCUCCUGGGUCAGAGCCAAGUUGUGUUGAACGAAGACAUGAUUGAGAAAAUCAAGGAGGGACUGGAGAAUGACUCGCAGGCGUGGCAGAUUGUAUUGCAGGUGCAAGCUGGGCGAACUCGGAAGUUCGCACUUCAGGAUGGACUCCUGUACUUUGCCGCAAACCGAGUCUACCUUCCGAAGUGGAGAGAUGUUCGCAAGGAGGUCUUGCAGGAGUGUCAUGAUUCCGUUUGGGCAGGGCAUCCGGGAUAG